CUUAGAGCUCACUGCUCUGCAGAGUCAUGCCAACCCAGGCCCUGCUGCCCCUCCUGCUUCUCUGUGUGCUGCUGCUGCAGGCCCAGGGAGGAGUCCAUAAAAGAAGAUCCACAAAGAAGGAGAUGCAGCAAACACAGCUACCACAAGAAAUCAACAUCUGUGAGAAACCCGUCGACAUACAUAUGUGCAGACGCCCGUGUGCAUAUGACAAAGAGUGUCAGGCAAAUACCAUAUGCUGUUCAACCUUCUGCGGGAAUAUUUGCAUGAACAUCCUGUGAGUGGGAGAGUGGGCUGGGCUGUGCCUCCUGCUCUGUCAACCCUCUGUCAGAGACUGUGCCUGCGACCAAAGCACAAGGAUGUCAACAGGAGUGCACCCC